GGAAUUGCUAUUGCAUGUGUGGUUACUCUGCCUUUUGUUUUGAACUAUAUUGUAUAUGAUGUUCUCUUCAAAAGAUUGCAUGCUCGCAUUCCCCAUGAUACAACCAAAGACCUAGAGCAGCACCCGAAGAUUCCACCCACUCUACCUCAUGCUGUACCGAUUCUCGGCAGCGCGCUUGGUCUCUUGUUUGGGGGUGCAAAAUUCAUGGAUAGAGCUACGUGUUCGAUACGCGGGAUAUCUUGCCCCUGUACGCAUAUCACUUCCCGUUGAUGAGAUAUACAUGAUCAGUGGGCCAACCACUCUUGCCGCCCUGUGGAGGCAGAAGUGGUUGUCAAGUCCUAUUUUCGCUUAUACUGUCGGCCUCAAGUACAUCUUCGGUAUGCGAGAGGAGUCUAUCAGAACAUAUAAAGCGGACAACUCUGGUGUAUAUCAGAAACCUCAUCCAGACAGUAACGUGGAACCACGUAAUCGGCUUGACUACCUUACGCACAACGGGCUUCUGAAAGGACUCGCCAAAGAAGGUCUUGGGCCUUUACUCCAGCGCUUUGAACACAACUUUCGGUCCAGACUUUCGAGUCUUGGAGUAACGGAGGAAUGGGUUGAAAUGCCGGAUCUACUUGAGUUCUUUGAACAAAAUGUCGGCAACUCCAUUCUGGAGGCUCUAUUUGGACCAACAUUACUCACUCGGAAAAACUUCUUACGCGACCUUUGGGACUUUGACCGUGGGAUCCGAUUCCUAGGGAAGAGGUUUCCGUGGUUCCUGGCACCCAAGGCUCAUAGAGCUCGCGAUCGCAUGCUUGCUCAUUUACAGGCCUGGUAUAUUGAAGCGCGGAAGGGAUUUACUGAGGCAUCAAUCUUACCCGAUGGAGAUGGAGAUCCGUUCUGGGGAUCCGAGCUUGUGAGAUCAAGACAGAGGUACUUACUCGCUGCUGAUGAACAAGACGAUGCAGCAGUGUCAUCAGUUGAUCUGGGCCUUCUGUGGACCUCUGUCACGAACAUCGUACCCAAUGCAUUGCUCACCAUUCUACAUGUGUUCGAGGAUCAAGAGCUUCAGAGCAAGUUACGCCAGUCUUUGGCUAAUCUUACCAAAAGAAGUGAUGGGGUUUCAUUCAAUGUUGAAGACCUACUUCAAGAUCCACUGAUGAACUCUGUGUACGCAGAGACCUUACGACUUCACGUCCAUGUCUUCACCACCCGCUGUUCACCACAUCAAGACUUUACUGAUGGCCGUUGGUUUGUCCCAAGAAACAAGGUCUUCAUGGUCAACUCUUAUCCUGCACAUAUGGACAACUCCUACUGGAAUACAAAGGAUGGCAAACAUCCCCUGAACACCUUCUGGGCCGAAAGAUUCAUCCUUGACCCAAGCGACCCUCUGAGUGGCCCCCGUAAAGAUGGCCUCUCCCAUGACGACCUUGGUGAUAAGGGGAUUGAGAAGGCUGGUGAGAAAUUGUUCACACUCAAAGGACUAGACGGAGCAUGGAUUCCAUAUGGAGGAGGCUAUGGCGCAUGCCCGGGUCGACAUCUCGCUCGGAGACAGCUUCUUCUCAUCAUGGCCACAAUGCUGUCGAUGUUUGAUGUCGAGUUCUUGACACCAAACAUUACAAUGGAUACUUCGGGGUUUGGAAUUGCGACGGAGAAGCCAAAGCAGAAGGUGAAGUUCCGCAUGCGAAAGCGCGUCGUUUAGGGUUGGAAUCGUAUCUAGAAUGGGGACGCAACAUAUCAAUAUCCAUUGGUCAAGCUGUUAUCUGAGCGAGCAUCCCUAAAAAGUAAUUCUUGAAGUAUUGCGUCACUGGGAGUCUCUUCCCUGUUUGAAA